AUGGCCGCUGUCGCCAUUCUGCCCAGAAGGCCUCUCAAGAGGGUCCUGGAGGCGGAUCCUCCUCCAUACCCCAGCUUGGCCUCACCUCUGGAUCUCAUGAUUUUGCCUACGUCUAGCGUCGAUUUCGGCCUUCAAGCCAGCCAUCUAAACUCGCCGAAAUCACCGAACGUACAAGUGACCCCGGUCGAACCUUCGGGUCCACCUGUUCGACGUCGUCGCCUGUCGUCCCGUUCAUCCAACAAGAGCCGAGUUUCCGCGCCGUCCGUGUCGUCAAUUAGUGACAUCCCUGACUCGGCGUCUUCUGUUUUCACGCCGGAGAUCCCUCAGAGCUACCGGGGUGGGCAGGUCUUUGCUAACCCGUUCGAGGACCACUUUGAGCUCGAGCACAAGGGCCAAUUUCGGCGUCUCGAGGGCAAGAACUAUCCCGUCGUCUCGGGCGCGAUCAAUGGAUAUGUCAAGAUUCCCAGCCGGUGGAGGGCGGCCAACCUGCGGCUCACGGAGUCCAACGGCGGCGAUCCAGCCACGAGCCGAGAACGAGAGUCCAUGUUGAAAUGGCUACAAUUUUCAAGUAUCCCGCAGCCCUGGUAUGACGGGCUCGAUGAUGUCGACCGGGGACUUUUUGACUUCUACGUCUCCGCCUGGUGCACCGGUAGGACCGUCCUCAGAAAGACCAACACGUGGCUGCGGGACAUUGCUCCCAUGGUUCAUCAAGACGGUGCCGUGAAGCAUGCCGUCCUCGCCCUCGCCGGCACCUACGUCUACGAUUACCACCACACGGAGAGGAUAAGACAGGCGGCCGAGCUCCACUACAGGAAGGCCGUCAUCAACCUGAGCUUGUCACUGACCAAUGCCCGCCAGCAGACUCCCAGCGACGCGGAAGCGGACGCCCUGGUUGCUGCCAUUGCGGUCCUCAACAUGAACGACGUCGUCAGCUCGGAGCACUGGAGAGGGAAAGAUGAACGCCCUCGGUGGUUGGACGGCGCGCACCUCGCCUGCCAGAUUCUGGACAUGACGGAUCCGGGUUACCGCUACCAGGACGCCAAGAAUAUCCAACCCUCUGAGGCCCGCAUGGGUAACGCCAUCAUUGCCAGCAGAACCGCCAUCCUCGCCCUCCCCAUGGUGCCCCUCGACCGCAAAAACACACAGGAUAAGCAGUUCGUCUGGCUGCUCCAAGGGCCAGAGCAGAACAUCACCAGGAUCCACGGCGGCUGCGGCAUGUCUCCGCUGCUUCUCUACCACUUCUCGCAAAUCACGCACAUCACCUCGCUCGUCAGCGAAGACCCCGUCGACACCGAGUUCUGGGCAGUCCCGAUGGCCUUGAGGAUGCUGGACGAGCUAAAGAACGUCCGUCAGUGGUAUGAGUACGAGCACAAGCGUUACGGCGAGUUCAACGACGUCACAAAGGUAUCCAUCAACGUCGACACCAUCCGCGACCAGCUGCGCUCCCGCUUCCUGGACGCCCACGGAGCGAUCAAGAACAAGGAGGGCAUGACGGCCUCGACCGCCGAGGCGUGGCGUCUCGCCGCCGUCAUCUACCUCCUGUGUCGCCUCCUGCGACUUCCCCGCGACCAUCCCGAGGUCCUCCUGCAGGCCUCCAAGCUCGCGGCGACCAUCCGCGUCAUGCCCACGUCGGGAUGCAUGUUCACCGCCCAAGCGCCCUUCUUCCCCGUGUUCCUGCUGGGCAUCGUAGCCGUAGAAAAGGACCAUUGCGAGUGCGCGAUGGAAUGGUUCGAGGCCGUCAUCGAGACCAAGUGCCGCUCGAGCGUCCCGCCCGCGUAUGACGCGCUGGUCGAGAUCCGCCAGUGGAUGUCCACCAACAUCAAAGACGCGCCCCAGCCCAUCCCCGACCGCAUCCGAGACCGGUAUGCGUGGUGGGAGGAUGUCGUAGAUCACGUAGCCCAGACUCUGACGACGUUGUGCUUGGUCUGA